UGACAUUAAUCAGAUAGCGCGAGAGGAGCCAUCACGGCAGACAAGUAUACACGAUGUGGAAGAUUGCGGUAUGUCGGCCGGACGGUUAUUGUUGUUGGCUCUUGUGUGUGUAGGGGCUAGUGUCACGACCACCGUGUCAGACUGGCUUGUCGUGUGUGUUUCUGGUAUCACCUGUGGAGGUAAAUCCACAGCCACACGCUCCAUACAUCUCAAGUUCCCCGGGUCUGUGUUGCUGCGACAGGACGACUACUACCUUGCCGAUGACGACCCUCGACACGAGCAACUGCCCGAGCUUGGCUGGCGGAACCGGGAGUUGAUGACCUCCAUAGACAUGUCUCGCAUGAGGAACGACAUCCAGCUUGUUCUUAACAGGAAGAACGCAACAAUGCCGCUCCUCCUGCUGGACGGUUUCCAGCUCUACUACGACCACCAUGUCACCAGCCUCUGUCACAUCAAGCUGUUCUUCCUGUUGAGCAAGGACGCGUGCAAGGGUAGGCGCCGCAGGAGAAACCGCAGGAUCCCCGACAUCGACCGGUACUUCGAGGGUUACGUUUGGCCGGCCUACCUCCGCUACAGGGAGGCGGCGCUGGGAGGGAACCCAGACGUCGUGCUGGUGGACGGCGGAGCCGACAACACGACCAUCGUCGAGGAUAUCUGCGCCAGGAUCAGGCAGAGGAUACAGACCAGACGACUUUCUUGAGGCUACGAAAGCUAUCGUUACUAAUAGUUUGUGAAGGGAUAUAAGCUAACUACCACUGCCAGAAGACAUUCUUUCCAUUACUUUCUCAUCCACCAACUGUGUACUUUAAACCAUGUACUCAUUUUAAGUACAAGAUUGAUCAUACUGCUACAAAUACAAAAUCCGAUAAACCAACGUUUAGGUGUU